AUGAUGAGAGGUUCACCUAGGAGUAUAGAAGAGUUCCUGUACAGAACGUUGAUGAAUAGCGAGGGCUUUCAUCGCUUCGUCCGUCGGAUCUAUUACAAAGUUAACGGGCUAGAGGAGCCGAUGAGCGGCAGGCCUGCGGCUCACGUUGAGCAGGUGUUUCGACCCACCAGGCUACAGAAAUUCAAAGCCUACCGAAUCCUUUUUUGGGACGAGAUGAGGGCCGUAGUUGGGCUAAACCGGAGGUUUAACAGACAUCUCUAA